AUGGUGAACAAAUACGUGGCCUCCGGGAGAUUUGAUCUGCAAGAGCCAAGUGUCAUGGCGGAAUUGACUCAGGCCAUGCAUGCUUCUGUGAAGACUUUCAUUAAAAUGGUUUAUGCCUCCCUCCUUCAUUUGGUUGAGCUUGACUUGAAGGGCGUUUGCCAAUUGUGUUGUCACCCUAACGUCGAGGACAACCCGCCUGAAGGUGACUUUCUCAAAGUUGGAUCUUCCUCUAUUACUCUUGUCCUAGGCCAUGGGGUGUUGCACUCUAGCCCUAAUAAUCUAAGUGAUGUCGACGUCGUCACCUCGAGGCAUUUGGGACCUAUGUAUUAUUUGUUUCAAGGGAAAGGUUAUGAGCCUUUGAUGCCUUGA